UGACCGUCAUAGCCUAGUGGCCGAGGUCACCACAGAAAAAUAUGGCGGCGCCCAGCAAAGCUACCGUGGUCUUGAAGGCUGUGAAGAAAAUAGCGAUUCAGUUUUGCCCGUUUGAGUCAAAUGUCAGGUCCACACGGGAGUUUUUGGCCAUGGUUGGUUCAGAGAAGGCCAGAGCUACAAACAUGAACUGUGAGGUGAUAUCUACAGUGAAACAUGACAAAUCUGAACCUGUAGUGGAUGUAACUUUUGUGGAUGGAGAGAGGCUGGUGAUGAAGGGUGCAAAGCUGACCAAAAGUGAGAUGAUGAGUGCGUUUCAGAAACGGUGCCAAGCCAAGGACCCACAGGCAAAACCUGGAGCGAAAAAAUAACCAUAAUCAAAUCUAUUUUUUUGUGUUGCAUUUUUUCUCUAUGUUUAGGUAUAUUAUAAAUGUUUAUAAUAAAAUUAUUUCAUUUGAAAGCAA